CUCCCCGUGAGCGGCUGGGUUUAUUUUUGGGUCAGUGACAGUGUGUCAAUGGCUACAGAUGCGUCGGACAGGAAGGCUCUGAGGUACAAGCAGACUCUGCUCUAUGGGGAGUACCAGGAGCACCAUGGAGGCUCGGGCAGAAGGGAGGCAACCCGCCUGCUAACAGAGAGACAGAUCAAGAAACACGGAAAUCAUCAUCAUCACGGCCAAGGGAGGACACGACAUGGGCGUGGUCGCCAUGGUCACGGCCAUCAGCAUGGCAUUCACAGCAGGCACAGGACCAGGUUUCAGCUCUACAUGGAAAAUGAGACUGCUGAGGAGCAAAUGGCUGAAAAGGAGUUUACCUCCUCCAUGAGGAAAAUGCGCUCCUACUCCAAAUGCAGAGACUGCAUAGCACAGGUGCAGCACUUUCUUGUGACGAGACUGGGAGAAGACUGGAUCUUCCUGGUUCUACUGGGCAUCACGAUGGCUUUGGUCAGCUGGACGAUGGACUAUGCCAGUGCUAAAAGCCUUCAAGCCUAUAAGUGGAUAUAUAGGGAACUGAGGGGGAACAUCCCCCUGCAGUACCUGGCCUGGGUUUCCUACCCCUUGAUGUUUAUCCUCUUCUCCUCCCUCUUCUGUCACCUGGUUUCUCCUCAAGCUAUCGGUUCUGGCAUCCCAGAGUUGAAGACCAUCCUUAGAGGAGUUAUUCUUAGAGAAUAUUUGACUCUAAAGGCCUUUGUUGCAAAAGUCAUCGGCCUGACUGCAGCUCUGGGCAGUGGGAUGCCUGUAGGAAAAGAAGGCCCCUUUGUUCACAUUGCGAGCAUCUGUGCUGCAGUUCUUAGCCGCUUCAUGUCCUUCUUUUCAGGAGUUUAUCAGAAUCCCUACUGUUAUACAGACAUCCUGACAGUGGGCUGUGCGGUUGGGGUGGGCUGCUGCUUUGGUACGCCUCUUGGAGGUGUGCUCUUCAGCAUCGAGGUAACAUCUACAUACUUUGCUGUGAGAAACUACUGGAGGGGAUACUUUGCUGCUACAUUUAGUGCCUUCAUCUUUAGAGUUUUAUCUGUGUUUAACAAGGAUGCAGUGACAAUCACUGCUCUGUUCAGGACAAAUUUUCGUAUGGAUUUCCCCUUUGACCUUCAGGAGCUUCCUGCAUUCGCCAUCAUUGGCAUUGCCUGUGGAUUUCUCGGGGCGUUUUUUGUCUAUCUCAACAGACAGGUGGUGCUGUUUAUGAGAAGACCCAAUGCAAUGACCCGCUUCCUCAUUAAACACCGGCUGAUCUUUCCAGGUACAGUUACGCUGCUCAUUGCCACCUUGACCUUUCCUCCAGGGUUUGGACAGUUCAUGGCAGGAGAGCUAAUGCCUAGGGAAUGCAUCAGCUCUUUGUUCGAUAACUUUACAUGGACGAAGAUUUCGGGAUCUCCCUAUCCGGCUGGUCUGGGCCGAUCUGCAGCCUGGCUUCACCCUGAUGUCAGCGUCUUUAUCAUCCUCCUGCUCUUCUUCAUAAUGAAGUUCUGGAUGUCUGCAGUGGCCACAACCAUGCCCAUUCCAUCUGGAGCCUUCAUGCCGGUUUUUAUUCUUGGAGCUGCAUUUGGCAGACUUGUCGGGGAAGUCAUGGCAACCCUGUUUCCUCAUGGGAUUGUGUUCGAUGGCAUACUGUACCGCAUCAUUCCCGGUGGUUAUGCAGUCAUUGGAGCAGCAGCUUUGACUGGGGCUGUGACUCAUACCGUUUCUACAGCCGUUAUUUGCUUUGAGCUGACUGGCCAGAUUUCCCACAUUCUGCCCAUGAUGGUGGCUGUAAUCCUGGCGAACAUGGUGGCCCAGGGCCUGCAACCCUCCCUGUAUGACUCUAUCAUCCAAGUCAAGAAGCUACCAUACUUGCCAGAGCUUGGCUUUGGACACAUGAGCCAAUACAACAUCUUUGUAGAGGAUAUUAUGGUGAGAAAGGUGAAGUUCAUAUCCUCUCAAUCUACAUACAGAGAAGUAAAACAUCUGCUGGACUCCUCCUCACUCAAAACAAUCCCUUUGGUCGAUUCAAAAGAUUCUAUGAUUCUCUUGGGAAGCAUUGACCGAGUGGAGCUUUUAGCUCUCUGUGAUUGGUGGCUGUCACCAGAGAGAAGGCUUCUAAUGAAGGGUCCGAGUCUGCAGGAGCAGGACCAGGGUCCAAAAAGCAGCUGGGAGUCCUUUGCUUUUGUAGAUGAGGAGGAAGAUGAAGAAAGAGUGAAGGGCAGCCCUGUUCUAGAGGAGAGAAAUGGCCCCCUUCCUCCUUCAAGGCCUCAGGAGACAUCCUCCAACCACACAGCACCUGAAACUGAAAAAGGUCCCCUGCAGUCGGUGAGGAGAACUCUCAGAAACCUCUUCAGCUCCCAGAAAAGACAGUCGGAGAAGGAAACGCAGGAGCCCUGCCCUCCCCCUCUGUCAGACCCGAUGACAUCAGAGGAGAUUAAAGCAUGGGAGGAGGCAGAGAUGGACAAGCCGAUGGAAAUCGACGAGAUACGAAUCGACCCUUCGCCGUUCCAACUAGUGGAGCGAACAUCGUUGCACAAGACCCACACAUUAUUCUCCCUGCUUGGACUAAGUCAUGCUUAUGUGACCAGCAUUGGGAAACUUGUGGGGGUGGUGGCUUUAAAAGAGCUCCAGAAGGCCAUCGAAGGUUCCACGCGCUCCGGCGUCCGACUCCGGCCUCCUUUGGCGAGCUUUCGUGACAUCAGCAAACACAAAUCUGUCCCUAAACCUCCACCCUCCUCCUCCAGCGCUCCUUCAUCUCCCUCUGCAACUUCUCCUCCCUCACCUGAAAUGAUCCCAGAGCCUCCCCACCCGCCCACCCCUGAGCAUCAGCAUCAAAAUCAUCAUGAUCCCAAUGAGCAUGAAACAGAGGUAUGGAUAGAGGGGCUGCCGAAGGAAGCAGAGGAGUGCAUCAGUAGCAGCAGCAGCAGUUCAACAAGUAGAAGUUGCAGCUACAGCAGCAACCUCACCCUCCCUCCUACCUCAACCCCUCCUCCUCCCCCAUCUCCUUCCACCUCUAUCCCUCUCUCCACACUGAGGCCGGCACAAAGACCCCCUCAGGUGGAAGAAGACAGUGAUGACGAGCCAAUGAUUUAGAUUACAAACAAAGAAUAUUUUUAUACUGGACAUUUUUAUUUAAACAGUUUUUUUUUUUUUCAUUUCUUAAAUAACUUUUUUGCUUUUUUUGUCACUUUCUGUACCUCCUUUUAUCUCACAGCUUCGGACUGUUUGUGAUUGUUUAGAAUUCAACUCACUUCAGAUUUUAUGAAUGAACCUGUCCGUGAUGCACCCUCAAAGUCUCAUUAAAACUGUGGUGUACCUCAGGGAUCAGACCUACCCCACUUUUAAUCUAGCAGCACCUACAUCAUUUGGUAUUUGUUGAAUAUUAAAAAUAAAAUCAUAUUGUUUUGGAGCCAAAACAGCAGCAUUUAACAUGAGAAAGUUUUUACCAUACCCUGUAUAUGAAAUA